AAGCUACAGAGUUCUUACAGAGUGUCACAUAUCUAGGAUAAUCCAUUGCUUAUUCAUUUUUUUGAUUUAACUCUAAGAUGUAAAUAUUGUGUUUUGUCUGUUCCUGGAGGCUGUUGCCAUAGCGAUAACCAAAAUAUAUAUUUUUUUACUAGUUUCCUGUAUCCAUGGUGACGGGGAGUUUUGUCCAAUCGACUGUUGGUAUUGUGUGGUGGGGAAAUGCAGUGUUUCCUGCUUUUCAAAAGGGCUUCCUCUUGGUACAGGGUGGAAUUCUUUGUUUGUGUCCUGGAAAGCUACAGAGUGUUCGUACGGUCUUAUGGAGUAUCUUUGGCCAGAACCUUAAAGAAGAAUUUGAGACAAGAUGAAGCCUUUUCAAGCAAACUGCUUUGACGCUCAGUGCUGCCUCCAUCCGUCACUACCAACAGUCCUUGAGUAACAGACAUUACACCACCCCUCUGGUGACUGAACCAGGGAACCAUGCAGAGGCCACAGGUUACCGGUGGCACCCCGCUACAGAUCCCACCACAGCCUGUACCCAAGAACAGGCACCCCAUCCUCCUGUACUCCAUCCAACCCUUACUGAGGGAGACAGUUAUCAGUAAGGAAGGCCACCCCCAUCCCCAGCCUGACUCCCCCCAAACCUGUGGCACUCAAGGCCCAGGCCAGAGCUGCUGGAGCCUGGAUGUGAGAGUGGCUGUGCUGCUUGUGAUCGUGGCUGGAGCUCUGAUACUGAUCCUGCUCUACAGACUCCUCCAGCUGAGGCACAGACUGAGGCUGGCCCAGGCUCAACAUGCCCUGGAGUACUACAGUUUCUACCACACCGCCACCUACACCCUCAAGGACCCCAGGCUGCCCCAGAUAUUGCCCACAAAUGGAGAUGCUAUAGAGGUCACCCCUGUGGCCAACCCUAUGGCCCCUAUUGUUGUCACCCCAGUACCACCUCCACCGGUCUCCCCACCACCCACUCUUCCCCUCCCUCCACCCCCCAUAUUGUCUCUACCCCCUCGCCUACCUCCCCCUCCUCUACUGCCUCCACCCCUUCUCCCACUCUCUUCCUCACUCUCUCUCCCUCUGCCCCUGCCCAUCAUCCACACCACCCCACCCAGCCCUCACCAGUCCUGGGGCGCCAGCUCGGAUGCAGAGGUGUACUCUCGGAUCGGAGCGUUCAGACCAUCCAGGCUGUCCAGCCUCAGCCACUCACAGGUCAUCCUGUUUGAACAUUCCUCUCUCUGACAUCUUCUCUGGAUAUUCCACAUUAAGAGCAUUCCGCUUUGUGGCUGCUUCUAUCAGUUUUGUGAGAAUUCUAUAACCUAUUUUAAUGUUCUGAAUUUCAGAUUUGUGUGUGGGUGUUCUCCCUUGUGAUGAGUUCUUUGAGGAUCAUGAAAGGGAUUCUGUUGAGUUCACUGCUCUAUUAUCCACUCACUGUCGAGUGCAUAGGCUUUGAAAUUCCGUGUAGCUGAAUUGCAAAUGUCCAUUUUAUGGUCCUAUUAAAGUCACAAAGAAUUUAAAAUGGUUGCCCUGAUAAAAAAAAAAUCUAAUCUAAAACCAUGUUUAUUAUGUUUGUCUUGAGACAUAUCCCAUUUCUCCCACAAUCACAAUAACUGACCUCACUGUUUCCUCUGAUGGGCGGAAGACAUUUCCUCUGGCGCUUUUCCAUCACUGGGUCUCUCCCUAUCUCACUCGCUCCUUAUGUUUCCUCCCCCUCUCCAUAAUACUUACUGCACUCUCUCUCUCUCUUUCUCUCUCUCUCUCUCUCUCUCUCUCUCUCUCUCCUCACAGUCUGAAGGCAUGAUUGUUUAAUGAAAUGUUUUAUUUGAUUGUAAUUGUAAAUAUAUAUAUAUAUAUUUUAAAGCAGAACAGCUUAACAGUAUAUAUUGCCAACAAAAUACAUGUUUAUGUCGGUUAAGUAAUGUAAAUAGAUUAGAUCUGUUCAUCACCUUCUAUAAAGGAUUUAUAACCUUG